AUGCCUACCCAUUUGAGCAAAACCCGCAAGCAGUACGUUCCAUUCCUCGAGAUCGCAGUUUCUAUCGAUGAAAACAAACCGAUUGAGCGCGCGCGCCCAGAUCAAAUCCCCACGAACUUCCGCGGUCAUGUUUCCGCCGGUAAAGGUCGUGUAGGAAAGCACCGCAAGCAUCCCGGUGGACGUGGUCUUGCUGGUGGUCAACAUCACCACAGAACCAACAUGGAUAAGUACCAUCCAGGUUACUUCGGAAAGGUCGGUAUGAGAUACUUCCACAAGCAAAACAACCACUUCUGGAAGCCAGUCAUCAACCUCGACAAGCUUUGGUCCCUCGUCCCAGUUGAGAAGCGUGAUGAAUACCUCUCCGGUGCCCAGACAGACACCGUCCCCGUUCUCGAUCUCCUCCCACUCGGCUACUCGAAAGUUCUCGGCAAGGGUAGAAUCCCAGAAGUUCCAUUGGUUGUGCGCGCAAGAUGGUUCAGCAAAGAGGCAGAGAGAAAGAUUACAGAGGCUGGAGGUGUUGUUGAGUUGGUUGCAUAA